AUGGCAGCCAACAUCCUCCAACUCCCGUUUCGGCGCUCCCACAGCGUCUCACUAUCGAAUGCCAUCACCCAAUAUAUCUCCUCCAAAUAUGACCAGCGCCCGGAUAUGUUUGCAGAGGAUUUGCUGAUCAUCGACCGCUUACGAACUGAGGCUAUCAAUGUCCAGGAACCGCAUGUUACCGGGAUCAGUCGGCUGGUCACGUAUGCGGCGCAGCUGAAAUGGCUGAGUGGGAAGUUCCCAAUAGACGUUGGGGUGGAAUUUCCGUGGUAUCCUGCAUUUGGGUUGAACACAUCUAGGCCGACUUCGCAGAAUAACCUCCGCUUCGAGCUCGCGAAUAUCUUAUUCAACCUGGCGGCCCUGUACUCGCAACUAGCAUUCAACGUGAACCGCACGACGUCGGAAGGGCUCAAACAGGCAUGCAACUACUUCUGCCAGUCGGCCGGGGUCCUGACACACCUGCGAACCGAUAUCCUACCUGACAUUCGCACCUCGCCGCCAGAAGAUAUGGACGAUAUGACAGUUCAGAGUCUGGAACAGUUACUGUUGGCGCAGGCGCAGGAGUGUUUCUGGCAAAAGGCAGUUAAGGAUGGAUUGAAGGAUGCGUCGAUUGCACGACUUGCGGCUAAGGUAUCGGAUUUUUAUGCGGAUGCUGGGGACUUUGCCGUGAAGUCGAAUGCGAUUAGUCCGGAGUGGAUUCAUCAUACAACGGCUAAGCAUCACCAUUUCGCUGCGGCUGCGCAGUACCGGCAGUCGCUGGACUGUCUCGAGAAACGGAAAUAUGGUGAAGAGGUGGCUCGUCUUCGCGACAGUGUGACAUGUGUAAACGAGGCAUUGAAGGAGUCACGGUGGAUCAAUCGCGUUGUGCUGGGCGAUUUGAAUGGGCUGAAGAACCGGGUGACAGAGGACCUGAAGCGUGCGGAGAAAGACAACGACGUAAUCUACCUCAACCCGGUACCUCCCAAGUCAGAGCUCAAGGCCAUUGAUCGAGCAAGCAUGGUUGCGGCCAAGGCGCCGUCGCAGGUGACUGAUGCUAUCGCUAUGCUUGGAGACAAUGGGCCUCUUGGUCAACCGCUGUUUUCGAAACUGGUCCCGUAUGCUGUUCACAUCGCAGCCAGUAUUUACUCUGAUCGUCGUGAUCGAUUGAUCAAUGAUAACAUCAUUGUGGAGCUGGAAUCAAUGACGGACAAGAUCAGGGAUCUGCUAUCCUCCUUGAACCUGCCUGGCUCACUCCAAGCGCUGGAGAAACCACUUGGCCUGCCACCCACGUUAGUUUCACACGCCGAAGAAAUGCGCCAACAAGGCGGACUGCACGAACUACGAAAGUCUCUCGAGGAUACCUCCAAAGUCAAAACGAACGACAAAGCAGUAUUUCAGGAGGCCGUCGAACUUCUACAAGCUGAAAAGGCCGAAGACGAGGCUUCGCGCAGGAAAUACGGAACAGACCGGUGGUCGAGAGAACCGUCUGAAAAGGCGGCGCCAAAGAUCUACGCGACUUCUAACGAUAUCAAUGGAUACUUUGCGUCUGCGCAGAACAGCGACAACUUGGUUGAGAGGAAGGUCAAAGAUUCCGAGGCGAUCUUCCGGGUGUUGACGGGUACCAACCGUGAUCUCGAGCAUUAUGUGCCUAGUAGUCGGAGGGCGGCGAUUCCGCCGGAGUUGGAGCAAGAAACUAUCCGCCUACGAGGAUGCUUGAGUGAGCUUAGUCGGUUGGAGAACCGACGGAAGCGACGAAUCCUGACGUUGAAAGAUAAAGCUCGCUCGGAUGAUAUCAGCCAAUCCCUCGUCAGAGAAACAGCCCGUCUGGAACGCGAAUUUCCCAUGCAAACAAUACAAGCCAGCCAAUUCGAAGACCUCCUCGAAGAAAAGCUCCAUCUCUACGACUCAGACAAACAAAUGGUGGAGCAAGAACAACAUGACCAAGACCAGAUCGCCGCCCAGGUUCGUGAGGCCAACCGCGCAUUCACAAAUGCCCAACACGGCGACGCAUCAUCCAAGGCACGUGAGAAGGCGUUACAGGAACUCGAGAACGGAUACCUCAAGUACAAGGAGAUUAUCUCCAAUAUUGAAGUCGGGAGGAAGUUCUACAAUGACCUUGCGAAGCACGUUGGAAGAUUCCGGGAUGACUGCAAGUCUUUCGUGCAGCAAAGGAGGAUGGAGGCUAGUCAGAUUGAGGCUGAAAUCUCGAGCGUCGCGGCAAUGGCAUCGCUGAAUAUCUCCCAGUCACAUUUCCGCCAGCAGCCAGCAAAUCAUCCAUCUGCGUAUAGCAAGCCCCAGUCUCAGACUCCCGUCCAGCCCAAACCGCAACCUCAACCUCAACUCCAGCCACAGUCAAAACCAGUAGUUCGACCGCAAGCUCCUGCCCCCUCGCCGCCGCAGCCUCAGCCGCAACCGGUGCAAGUGCAGCCAGUGCAAACACAACCACGACCAUCAGUUACCGGGGGACCGCUUCAAGCACCGCAACCUACACGCGCGGUGCCUCCUCCAUCUGUCCCUGCGCCGGGGAUAUGGUCUCCUGAGAUGGGGAUACGAUUUGGAGGGUCACCAGCAGGAAGGGGACAGGGUCAGCCGGGACCGUGGAAUCCUAACCAGGGGAUACGAUUUUCUUAA